CAUUGUGGUAGAACAAUGGCAGAGAGUUGUGCAAUGAUGGGUCUGCAGGCCACGGCAGGAAAACGUAAACUGGAGGGAGGUGUGGGCUGCAUGGAGUUCGACAUGGAUAUGGGCGAGAGCCCAUCGAAGUUAGGCCGAGUGGAGGGUAGCUGGUGGGCAAUGGAAGAUGGUUACACGCCCCCGCUGAGCCAAACGCCGACGUCAUAUUACGAGAUGGAAGUGAGUCCGCCAUGCCUGCAGACGAAUCCUUGUCAGCCAACAUCGGCUAGUUCCCAGCAACAGCAGCAGCAGCAGCAGCAGCAGCAGCAGCAACAGCAACAACAACAGCAUCAGUCGUCGCAGCAGCAGCAACAGCAACAACAGUCGUCGACACCAACGUCAGCGCCGCCGGCAUCCACGGUGGCCCACCUGCACCAUCAUCCGCAGCAUUAUUACCAUCAUCAACGUGGACCGGGCAGUCCGGUCGGUAACAACGGUUACAGUCAACUCUCGAGACCUCAGCCGCAGUGGGGGGCGCCUCAUCAUUACGAGCCGCCGACGAUACGGCGCGAGGAAAACGGGAAGAGUUAUCUGGAGCUCGGCUCGAGUUACCGAGCGAACGAGAGGUGCUGCGAGGGCUCGAGGUCGAGUUGGUGUCGACGCGGCAGAGCCUGUUACAGACAAAGGCGGCUAGCCGUCCUGAACAUUUCUAUGUGCAAGCUGGCGAGGUAUCGCCAGUUCCCAGAUCCGAGCCUUCAUCGAUCGGUUCUCAUCUGCAACACGCUCAGGCAUCUGGAACGCGAGAUGGAGAGGGACAGAAGUCCGCCGCCCAUGGAGCCGGUUAUACCAGCGCCGAUCGCUCAACUCCAACCACCGGAGCAGGGCAGGCUGACGCCGUUUCCAAUGCCUCCGACAUCGUCGAAUGAAACUGACGUCGAUUCCGGUAUCGGCGACAGCGACGAUAGCCGUUCGAUCAACUGGGGCAGCGUGCUUUCUCUAUCGAGUCAGUCGCCCCUGGACCCAUUGAACAACAACGAGCUACUGGACGUCGAUAUCGGUCCGGACUUAGACUUAGACUUCAUGCCUGGAUGGAAGCUGACGCCCCUGUCCGCGGACGACAUCCUCAGGAGUACGACGGCGCAGGAGCAACACCAGCACCACCAACAGCAGCACCAUCAGCAUCAACAGCAGCAGCAACACUUAGCGCCGUCUAGCGGCAGCUGUGGCAGCAGCAACGUGGGCAGCGCCUGCGUCAGCACCGGUAGCAGCAGUAGUACGCACGAGUCGUUGAUGUGCGUUGGAUCAUAGCCCCCGAUUUUAACAUCGUUGAGUCACCUCAUCGAUUUUUACCCACUGAUGCCGCAGAGCAAAUAAAAAGCGCGGCUCGAAACAAAAAAAAAAAACUGCAAGUCGAACCGUUGGUUGGCCUCUCUCGAAUCCAUUGACGCCUGGUUGGCCGACUCUCCAGGAGGUCUUCUUUUUCUUAUUUAUUACCGUAACGUGUCGGUUGCCCGCCGAUCGAUUAUCUAUGGUUACGUUCCAACUACCACCGCCAACCGAUACUACCAUGGGUCUGCUCCCCGUGGGAGAUGGGUACGCGUCGUGACACGCUGCGCUCGCAGGUGCAGACCGUAACGGGGAUACGCAACGGCGCAUACAUUGGAAACGGGGUUUAGAACGCGAGGCAAAGAGGUGAUUACAAUUUCUAAAUCGACGAAUACACCAUAUAUCCCGAGCUCGCGUUGUUUUAAACAUAUACAUGCAUACUUGACAAAAUUAUUUGACAUUGUCUCUCUAUAUUCCUGUAGUGUGCCCACGGCAGUGUAGAUUGCCAGAAAUUGUCCAUUGCACGAAAAACAACCAAGUAGAUCGAACCAAUAAAUUAGAAUUGUACAGGUUACGUCACAAGUCCAGUUCCCGACGAUAUCUCAACCUGACUUGCGACGCACCCUGUAUAGAUUUACUCUGUUAUACUACACAUGUGUCUUUUCUCCUCUCUUUCAUGUACAGUUUAAAAAGUUUCGAAAAACUUAUGUUUUAGUUGAAACUCUGCAACGCGAGAUCGGGUACUACUUCGGCUUCUCAACGGACACCUCGAACGACUAGGUAUACUAUAUCGCAAACGAUGUCUGUUUUUGCAGUUGCACCUGCGAAUUCGGCGGCGCACGUUAUGAGAGGGUAUUCCCCCCCUGGCUCUAAGCUCGGAGUGUCGCCAACCAUGGCACGUCAGACUGAGAGAGCGAGAGUGUGUGUGUGUGUGUGAGAGAGAGAAAGAGAAAGACAGAGAACACGAAAAAGUCUCAGAGCUUUCAACGUCCACGCCCCCCGGGCCGGCGAUGCGGUAGACGAGUGGCAGGGAGAGCCUUACCUCUCUACGAGUCUUUAAAGCGGUGACUACGCGACAGACCUACGUGUACUCAACGGAAAAAAAAAACUCAUCGUGACCCUGUUCGUACGUUUUUUUUUAAUGCAAGUAUGCGAUAUCAUGGUAUCCCUUGCCUAGCCGGCCGACGUUGAGAACUCUACGGCGAUGUCUCGGCUAGCGACAGCCAAUCAGAAAACGGGAGUGUCCAUCGAUCGAUGGGUUUUCUUUGGGGAUUAAGGAAGACAUUGAGAAACAGGCGACAAUUAAUUAACCCUUGAUGGUACAAGUACACUCAGAGAAAGAACGGUUAAAUUUUUACUAUUUAAAAUAAAUGAAGGUACGUUACGAUCCUGUAAACGAUUUCUGUCAACACAACCGUCAAGGUUUUUAGAACUUGGACUGCUAAGGGUUAAAUGCCAUACACUCUGACACACCGAUGGUACACUUACACGCAUAGAACGUAACCGCCGUGGCCUAUACUACACACCCAUCAUACACACAUCCGUACAUCAUACAUACACACACGUACAGUGACACGUUUCGUGCAUAGAAAAGUCGAUAUGGUGCUAGGACGACACACGUCCUGGUGCUCAAUUCUGCUCUAUACACAGAGCCAUGUGCGUACUAUUCGCACGGAUCGCCUGCAGUCUUCGUCGAGGAGUCUAGAUACGUCCUGACGUCGUGAACAGGACACGGGUGUAAUCGAACGCCCUUCCAUCGAGACGUUCGGCGUAGCUAGACCUCGGACUAACCUAAAUAGUCCCUGAAUCAGAGUUCGCUAGACGAGCUGGGCUUCUUUCACCGAUGAACAAUUAGCAGACAACCUGAAAGACAGGUAUACACGAGAGUACAAUGACGAAAUGUUGAAUAAGUUGUACAAAGAAUGAGGAUGUCGAAACAACUGUUUAACACGUUCACUGGCCUCCGUUACGUAUGUAUGUUUACGUAGAUGCAACAAAUAUUUAUUGGUAUAGGAAGCUCUGAAAUUUCAAGUAGAUAAGCAAUUUUCAUGGCAGGUGAAACACGAGUUCGCCUCAUAAUAAGGGCAGCGAAUGUGUCGAGUAGUCAGUUUUAGAAGAAAAAUUUCAUUUGCCAGAGAUUGAAGGAGAUUUGAAGAAUAGCGAAAUGGAGCUAAAAGGGUAGCCAUUGGUGGGUCUAUGAGAAGUCCAGGUGGUCUAGCAACGCUGCCCUGAAUUCGAGAGCAUUUACUAGAGGCUGUAUUCAGAUUGGGACACGUGAUCAUGAAUGGAAGAGCGUUCGAGGCGAAACCACUCUGUAUUCUGGGGCACGACGCCUAACAAAUGUACCUGCAUUUUAGAGAUCGGGAUUAAUAUCGGUCCCUUCGGAUCGUCGCGCGAAGGCCACUGUGCGCCACUGAUCUCCCGUUAAUGUAUCAUAUACACGUGUAAAAUAGAGUGGCCGACGGGCAUAGAGCGAAGGUGACCGUCACUCGGGGUGUGGAACGAAGAGAUUAAUUAAUUAAACUCGACGGAGAGACGCACUCCGCGAAGAGGAACGGCGAUCCGCGCGCGAUCUCGUCCUCAACGUCCACUAACCGAACCCAGGAGAGCAGCUAUACUUAAAUCGAAGUUUAAGCGUUUAAACCGAGUCUAACGCGAUAAAGCGAUAUAAUAAUUUAUAAAUCGACUGAUUACUUACGCGAGAGAACAAACAGAGAUAGGUACAAUAACGUUUUGCGACACAUGUUGAUUUAAACUGUAAUUAAUUCGAUGUGAACACGUUGCGCGCCGGCCAGAUCUCGUUGAUCGCCUAGGCGCCGGUAGUCUUGUUGCCUGUUGCGACGAUUAGGUGUUUAUCGUAAAAUACCUUGAAAACGUUUUAAAUUUUCAUCGGUAUACAAGAAAAUUUCCUAUUUCUGUUCUUGUUAAAUAUUUUUAUAUGAUCAAUCAAGCACCAAAUGCAAUUAUUUAAUUUCACUUUGCAAACGUUUUAAAUCUUUACCAAUAAUAUGCAGUAUACAUUGUAAAAAAAUAUGCUAUUAUGAAUUUUUCUUGGAAAAUGAUGUAUGAUCAAUCAAGCACGAGAUAAUAUUCAACAGAAAAUAAUAUUUGUACCAAUACUUUGAAUCAUGAAACAAAAAUGUUUACUUCAAUGUUUACUACUGCAAUCCAUGUAAACAAUAUUCUAACAGAGUUAUUGUUAAUUGUUUAAAUUGUGUUUUGUUUGGUAAAAAGGAUGAAUACACAAGAAAACAUCGAUAACGACUACCCAUUCAAUUUAAAACGUGUUCUGUGUGGUAUGAAAGGGUCCCUAUAUACAGGGGAAUCCCGGCGGUUAAGCGAUAGGCUAAAAAGUCCCUUUAGUAACUGCGGGACCGGCGCGCAAUGCGUUGAAGCCAGCAUGUACACACACGUACAUACAAGAACGACACGCUACACUUGCAUACAGACAUUGUACAUGGAACAUGCUAGAUACUUGUAUGUAUAUAGGUACAAACAUAUACGUAACAGUCACACGGUACGUGCUAAGUUCAUUGAUCAAACGUGAACCGUGAAUUUUGGCCGAUUAACAAUUUUCGUUCCUUCGUUUAUUGUAUCCAUGAGUUCGAAAUUCUCCAAUUUCGCUCAAGUAUGAUAACCUUUCGUUGUUGCUCUGUCAAUUUGAUUGUGCGUCGUUUUUUGAUAUUUUGUGUUACAUCCACCGCCCCUCUCAUCGAUUCGUUCCUCUCGUAUUUAAUGUAAAACAACGAGCAAUAUUAUGUUUAACAUUACGGGGAAUUUAAGAAUAGAUCGAGUUGAAACGACUCCCAAGGUCCAUAAUAUGCCGAGGGAGCUUCUUUGUUAUCUGAUACGCCAUCUGAGUACUUUUGUGACAGUCGUACAGCGCAUGUGCAGACAAAUUAGCGUCUUUUAGAAUUACUUUUGCAUUCCAAUGUAUCAUUGCAAAGAAACAUCAGGCGGUUAUUGAGGGUGUAUCGAAGAAUAAUUAAUAGAUUUUGUUAUAACGACAAAUUUAUGGUCAAAUGUCUAGUCGAGGAGUAUGCGAUACAGAGAAAACUCUCUCACAGCACCUCUUCGAGUCGUUUCAAUGUAGUACCUUAUCUACGGCCAAGUGAUAACAUAAAACAUUACAAACACCAUACAGAAACACGUACACGCACACAGGGACACGUGCACGAACGAAAACGUUGUGUGAAAUUAUAUAUGCGCGCUUGAUGCGAAUGUCCGGAGCGUUUCAGUAACAAACACCGUUGUUUUCUUGCAUGGUAUGAAGACGAGCUCUGGCAUGAACGUCCAAGACACUUGGCGCACGCGAGUCCUUUAACGUACGCUAGAUUGUUAAAAAAUUUCGUCCAUCGCGUUGGUGCGACUCGCGUGCGCUAUGUAGUGUCUCGCGACUGCAGCGCCACCUCAUCGGAUGAGCUUGGUGUUCCGUGCAUAGCAACAAGAGAGAUGCGAGCGUCUUCUUUACAUUGCAUACAAGUGAAAACAAAAUACUCAUGCCACACGAUCGGUAUUUCGUUCGAAUCGAGCUGGCUGUCAAGCGGAAUACCAAGCACGGCGUCGGAACAGGGCGUGGUGGUGUGUUCUCGCCUUUCGUUGAAAGAACAGACACUCGAGGGGACGGGGGGAAAAUUAUUUCGUACUUUUUACACGAGUGUACCUUUGACGCGUUGAAAACGCGCCCGUAAAUACGGUACCGGUGGAGUACCUGCAAAUUCGGCCGACUGAGGGCGGACGGGGCGAAAAGAGGCGCGGGGCGAGUUCGUCGGGGUUCAUGGCGUGAAAACGUUUGUAACAGAGAUGGGCAGAUCUUUAAUUAUAACAAGAUUAUUAAUGUAUAAUAACACAGAGACAAAGAAAUCUCUGUGCAGUGAUUUAUUCACGAUGUUUAUUCGAAGGAAGUUAUUCGAAUAAGCUUUCAUUCGUUCACCAUAGAAUAUAUGAUACGAUGAUACAUUUUAUUCGAAAUUUAUCACGUAGAUUAAAUUUCUGUCCAUCUCUGGUGUGUAACCGUGCGAGGGAACGACGAUCGAACAUAACGCACGCGCGCUUCGACAUUACACCGGCGCGCGUAUUAAUGUUUAAAGAAAAUGAGUGUGCGACGAACACUUCGGGGACUACGAUUUAAACGAAAAAAAAAAAAAAAAAAUUACCGGGAACGUUGUAAAUAGUAUAAAUAGCGCACGCGCAGAAGUACGUUUAAGCGGAAAAUAAAA